AUGGAGCUCGAAGUCACCAUCGUCAGCGCCAAAGGUUUGCGCAACGCGGAUACUGGAUGGUUCGAUGGCAAGUCUGACCCGUACUGCAUUUGUAGAAUCGCUGGACUUCCAUCGCACACAGACAGGACUCGUUUCCAGACGAGGGUCGUGAAGGACUGUCUCGACCCAAGAUGGCAAGAGACCUCCACCAUUCGACUGGCAUCGCAAAUGCAGUACCUGGAGUUUGAGAUCUGGGAUCAGGAUGUCGGGUCUUCGGAAUUUCUCGGCAAGGCCGUUCUCAAUCCAAGAAGGGUUCCGUUGGAGAAGGGCUACGAGGGUGACCUGAAGCUCACCGGAGCUAAAGCAACAGGAAGUCUUCGUGUGAGAGUCGUGGUGCAGAAAGCUGGCUCUCACGACGUCUCCGUGUCGGAGUUCUGCUGCUGUUGCAGGACAUAG